ACGCUUGGCGUGCUUCCCGAGACAUGAUUCGUCGACACGAAGUGAGGCGCACCCCUAACAUCCGAAAUGUACCCCUGUGUACCUUUGGCUUUCGAUAUGAAGGACACGCAAUUUGUGUUGCGAUCCCAAGGCGUGUAGGUUUCUGUUAACCCACUUGGCUUGGCAAUACCCUGAAAUCCGAAGACCAAUGACCCCAUCAGCCUCUCCCUUCACACACAUCGGAGGACGUGAAGCCGGCCGCCUGGUCACACUACUCCUGGAUGUUGGUGUUGGAGCGGCAAGGAUUCAGGCCUUUGACUUAUCUUUAGCUUUUCCGAAAAGCUUCGGAGCAUGGAAAACUAAGGAAUACUCCGGUUAUGCUCAAGCGAAAGCUGAGCGAAAUCGUUUAUAUAACUGGCCUCUGAACCACCGAAACGAAACGACGACAGAGAUCACAAGAUCCAGGCCACGAUAAGCAUCUACAACAAGAAGUUAGCAGCACGCUCUGACAAGACAAAUACAAGCCUACCUUCCGAGUAAGAACGCACCUUGCA